AUGGUUAUGGCUUCUGGAUUAUCAUCAUCAGGUAACUCAAUUCAUACAAAACGAGCUCUUCUAAUUGGCAACAAUAAAUACAAGGAAGAUAGUGAACUUCAACAUUGUACCAAUGAUGUUGAAGAUCUUGCUAACAAACUACAACAAUCAGUUCUUUUCAAUCAUAUUAAUAUCAACACCAAAUGGAAACAACAUGGAAUCACUAUUGCUGGAGGAAAUGGACGAGGAAAUCAAUUGUAUCAACUCUAUUAUCCUUGUGGUAUCUAUGUUGAUGAUGAUCAUCAAACUAUUUAUAUUGCUGAUUGUUCGAAUCAUCGUAUUGUUGAAUGGAAACAUGGAGAAGAAACUGGUCAAGUAGUUGCAGGUGGAAAUGGAAGUGGAAAUGAAAGUGAUCAAUUAAAUAGUCCAACAGAUGUGAUUGUUGAUAAAAACAAUGAUUCUCUCGUCAUUUGCGAUUGGAAAAACAGACGAGUGGUACAAUGGUCUCGACAAAAUGGUACAAAUGGAAAAACCAUCAUUGCUGACAUUGAUUGUCGAAGUUUAACAAUGGAUAACAAUGGAAAUCUUUAUAUCUCUGAUACAGAGAACAAUGAAGUGAGACGAUGGGAACAAGGAGAAAUAGAAGGAACAAUAGUAGCAGGUGGAAAUGGAAAAGGAAGUCAUCUUAAUCAACUCAAUUAUCCUACUUAUAUCUUUGUUGAUGAAGAUCAUUCAAUUUAUGUGUCGGAUGAGAUGAAUCAUCGUGUAAUGAAAUGGAUAAAAGAUGCAAAAGAAGGUAUUGUUGUUGCUGGUGGAAAAGGUUACGGGAAUAGUUUGGCACAGUUGUGUUAUCCUCAAGGAGUGAUUGUCGAUCAUUCGGGUACUGUUUAUGUGGCUGACUCCACCAAUGAUCGAAUAAUGCGUUGGUGUAAAGUAUCUGACGUAGGUAGUAUUGUUGUUGGUGGAAAUGGAUGUGGAGAUGAACCAAAUCAAUUCUCCGGUCCCACUGGUUUAUCAUUCGAUGUUCAUGGUAAUCUCUAUGUCGUCGAGUGCGGUAACGAUCGAAUACAAAAGUUUGAUAUUGAUUUCAAUCAAACGUGUUGA